AUGGUGGCACUCUAUUUGGUUGGUGGUUCUGAGGUGAAAAAGUGGGCUCUGCAAUUACGGCGAUCAGCACCCGAUGGUAUGCUGGCUAGCAGUAAUGGAACUUCCUUGCAGGAACAGGAAAUGGGUUUAAUUCCAGAGAGAACCAUUCCUUCUUCACCAGGUCCUUUGUAUAGUCCUCACUCAAAAGCUUCUGGUUUCAUGAAAGGCAGUUUGGGUCAAUCAUCUGCUAGAAAGCAGCUAAUAACUGGCCAUCCAGGUGCAGACAACAGUAGGGGUUUGCUCCAGUGGGUGCAAAGCAUUAGUUUCAUCUCAGUUUCAGUUGACCAUUCCUUACAGCUUGUUUUUCAAGCUGAUUCAUCCUCUCCUGGGAGUACUCAAGGUAGCAGCACAGGGAACCUGUCUGGUUAUCUUGAAGGAUUCACUCCUGUUAAAUCUCUUGGGAAUGCAUCUGCCUCUUAUGUUCUAGUUCCUUCUCCCAAUAUGCGCUUCCUCCCCCCAACUCCACUGCAGCUUCCCACAUGCCUCACCGCAGAAUCGCCUCCACUUGCCCAUCUCUUACACAGCAAAGGUUCUGCAGUUCCCCUCUCCACGGGGUUUGUGGUAUCGAAAGCUGUAUCUUCUGUGUGGAAAGAUUCUAGGAGCAAUUCAAAGGAAGAAUGGCCCUCAGUUCUGUCUGUCAGUCUUGUUGAUUAUUAUGGAGGCAAUAAUUUUACCCAAGAAAAGAAUCUUAGGGGGGUUGUCAAGCAGGGAGGGAGAGUUUUAAGCUCCGAAGCUAGAGAUUUUGAAACAGGGCCCAAUUUGAUUCUCGAGACUCUAGCGGCUGAACUUCAUGCUUUGUCAUGGAUGACUGUUAGCCCAGCAUACUUGGAAAGGCGAACUGCGCUGCCCUUUCACUGCGACAUGGUUUUAAGACUGAGAAGGCUUCUUCACUUUGCAGAUAAAGAAAUCUCCCGGUGUACAUGA